UAGAUAAAUUAGACGCUUCGAAACCAAAGGGUUAUCGAAUCACCAAAUAGAGGUGAUUUGUUUGGAAGCUAUGUCUUUCUUCAAUCUUACCCAGUUAGGUGUUCAGGACCCAGUAAAUCACGCAGUAAAAAAGCCGGGGAGUUCUCCCCUAAACCGACCAACAGAGACAAGAACCGCUCAGCAACCCACGGAACGGCGCAAGCAAGUUCACCCGAACUCUGAGGCAGAUGGUUCCUACGUGAAAUACACGGAGAGGUUACAUAAGCACAUUAGACCUGAGAACGGUCCCAAUGAGAUCUAUGACAGGAAAAUAUCAACAAACUAUGAGUAUGGUUGGUGGAUGAGAGAUGGAGUCCAAGACGAGGCCUGGACAAAGAAUAAAAAUCACCCUGUCGUUAAGAGUGAAAUGACAAGAUUCGUUGAUGAGAUGACUCUCACUAACAGAGAAUUCACUUUAUUUUAAGUUCUUUGUAAAUAGUUUUCUAAAUUGAUAAUAAAGACAAUUUUUAAGUUGAA